AAACCACGAAAACCCGGAACCACCCGAAUAGUGAAAUCACACAAAUACAGGGGAGUGAAGCAGCUCAGGGAACACAGACACAGAGACAGUACUGGGGAGACAAAUGACCGGGAGAUACAGACUACAACAUUUACAGCAACAGUGAUACUCCAGGUUUCCUGGUGAAGCUCCAGCCUGCCCUGAACACCAUGGAUGUUGUGUUCACCCCUCUAGACUGUCUGCUUGAUCCAGGAAAGCAGAACAUCUGUCUGGUGAUCCUCAAUCAGCCUUUGGAUGAAGACGUCCUGCACCUCCUGUGGCGUAAAGCUACGCUGCGGGCUUGUGCGGACGGAGGGGCCAACCACCUGUACCGCCUCACCGCGGGAAAACGAGACAGUUUUCUGCCCGACUACAUCAGCGGGGAUUUUGAUUCCAUUGCCCCUGAAGUCAAAGAGUUUUACACGGAGAAGAAAUGCGAGCUCAUAGAGACGCCCGACCAGGACCUGACCGACUUCACCAAGUGCCUGGAGAUCAUGGUGGAGGAGAUUAAGAAGCGAGGCCUGCGGGUGGACACCAUAGUGACCCUGGGGGGGCUGGGGGGCCGGUUCGACCAGAUAAUGGCCUCCGUGGAGACGCUCUUUCAUGCCCAGAAGAUGACCGAGUUGCCGGUCGUGGUGAUCCAGGGUUCUUCGCUGGUCUUUCUGCUCAGAGCGGGGAGGCGGCACACGCUGAACGUGGACACCGGCCUGGAGGGGCCCUGGUGCAGCCUUGUCCCCGCGGGGUGUCCCUGCCUCACCAGCACCACCGGGCUCAAGUGGAACCUGGAGAAGCAGCUGCUGCAGUUUGGCACGCUGGUGAGCACGAGCAACGCUUACGAAGAGCACGACCCGGCAGAGGGGAGGAGGCCCGUGACCGUGUGGACCGACCAGCCGCUGGUCUGGAGCAUGGGGAUACGCCGGAAAUGAGCGUUACAGCGACGGCGCCUUUCUGUAGGCCGACUUGGAAGUGCCUUCCGCCAUUUGCGUGCCAUGCAUCUUUGUCACAUUUCUCACCCUUGAUCAGUUUGCACCCCUGUAGACAUCCCCUGCCCACUUCACACCAACACAUUGCAGUCAGCAGUGUAGUUCCUGGUGCUAAAAAUCAUCCAAGUGAUCUGAAUGAUAGUGCACCAUCCCAACCAAUACUAAAAGUAUUUCCUAAACUAAUGUUUAGUCAGACGUCUUGUUCGUUUAAUCCGAGCUGGUACCGAAAACAUUAGGAAAACAGCUCAGCACUGUAGUAUAGCCCACUGUGUGAAAAGGUGCCCAGCCCGAAUUUCUAAUUGCCCCCCAAAUCUGAGCAGUCUAGAGAUCUGGGCCUGGUCUGUGGUUAACGCAAGCCUAAGAGUUUCACGUUUUGUUCUACAAGGCAAAUUACACCCAUUAAUUACUCAACUAUGAAUUUCGAAGCGGUUAAAGAAGCGGGCUUUAAAAACAAAAGUACCUUGCUAACAAUUUGCUAUAUUGAAACUGCAACAACUGUCGUAUUCAGGCAACCGCCACUCAAGAUGACCUGCACGUGACAACCGGUGGGCUGGUAAGGAAACUGGAGUUGGCGGUUGCCUGAAUACGACCAUUGUUGUAGUUUCAUUAUAGCAACUUGUUAACUUACUUUAUGAAAGCACGUAACGGUUUCGAAAUUUACCGUUGAGCUAUUAAUGGGUGUAAUUUCUCGUAUAAACAUGAAACUCGCUCAGGCUUACGUUAGCCACAGACCUUAUUUUCUGCAGAAAUCAAAAUCCCUAUUGAGGAAAAAAGAAUUGGAAAUCUGCCGAGGGAACCCAUGGUUCAAAAAUGCGAACUCACUUUCGUGUUUUAGGACUGCAAACUGUAACACCCUGUAGCGCAAGGACCUCUCCGGGCUCUCAAAGGGACCCGCCCCCUUCAGAUCACUCGUGCCUUCAGUCGCCUUAACGGUCGCCGCUACUGACGGAUCCAUGCUCGUUUGCUCCAUUCAUUCAGCCUUUUAUUUAUAAACACAGUCAAAUACAAAAUGUACAAUGCAUGUUAAAAAUCACAAAGCACAUCAGUCCAUUCGGAUCGGGUUUGCGUAGUGUCCGUCGGGCAUCGGGAUUGAGAUUCAGCCGCCACUGGAAUAAUAAUAAAAAAAAAGCACUUAAGUCAAAAGACUUACAUCAGGGAACUAUUGACUAUACAGUAUAUUAGAUUUGAUCAUAGUUUUUGCUAGAUUUAACUUCCAAAGGUUUAUCUAGAUUUACUGAUUUAAUGUGAUCUUUGCAUAUUUAAAAAUGG